CGCUGUCAGUGAGGUUUUACCAACCCCCACGCCCACCUGCUGAAGCCAUUUCCACCAACCCCAUUACUGUCCUCGGCUCUCACCAACCCCAUCUCCCAUUCUCUGGUUAAUAUAAACUUUGUAGCUUUUCAAGUUGAAAUUUCGAAUUCCAUUGCAAGAUUUAUUUAACACUCCAAUUUCAAACUCAGAAAAUUUCCAAGAAAAAUGGCUGCUUAUUCUCUGCGGGCCUCAUCAGGCAUUGCUUCAACGCACAUUCAGCUUAAACCCCAUUCAGAUUCACCAAGUUUUAAAUCCCUCGACUUAUCUUCUCGACUUCAACGUGUCUUCCCCAAAUCUUCAGUGAAAACAAGAAAACUAAAAGAAAGAAUAAGUGCAUCUGUUAAGACUCAAAGCAGCUCAGACACAAUGAAAGUUGAUAUUACACUGAGUCCUAGAGUAAAUUCCGUAAAGCCAUCAAAGACAGUGGCUAUAACUGACCAGGCAACAGCUCUUGUAGAAGCUGGCUUCUCUGUUAUUCGAUUAGCCGCUGGAGAACCUGACUUCGAUACUCCUGCCGCAAUAGCUGAGGCUGGAAUUGUUGCAAUUCGUGAAGGAUACACUAGGUAUACUCCUAAUGCGGGUACAUUGGAACUCCGUUCAGCUAUUUGUCACAAGUUGAAAGAGGAGAAUGGGAUAUCUUAUACGCCUGAACAGAUUUUGGUGAGUAAUGGGGCAAAACAGAGUAUUCUUCAGGCAGUUCUUGCUGUAUGUUCACCAGGAGAUGAGGUUAUAAUUCCAGCUCCAUUUUGGGUGAGCUACCCAGAAAUGGCGAGGCUGGCUGAUGCAACCCCUCUGAUUCUUCCAACCCACAUAUCUGAAAAUUUUCUUCUGGAUCCAAAGCUUCUUGAAUCUAAGCUCAGUGAGAAAUCAAGGCUGUUGAUUCUUUGCUCUCCAUCCAACCCAACAGGAUCUGUUUAUCCCCGUAAAUUGCUCGAAGAGAUUGCUCAUGUUGUAGCACGUCAUCCAAGACUUCUGGUGCUGUCAGAUGAAAUUUAUGAACAUAUUAUUUAUGCACCUGCAACUCAUACAAGCUUCGCAUCUUUGCCGGGCAUGUGGGAUAGGACACUGACUGUCAAUGGUUUUUCCAAGGCCUUUGCUAUGACUGGAUGGAGGCUUGGAUAUCUUGCUGGUCCAAAGCACUUUGUUGCUGCUUGUGGGAAGAUCCAAAGUCAGUUCACUUCAGGUGCCAGCAGUAUAUCUCAAAAAGCAGCAGUUGCUGCUCUAGGACUGGGAUAUGCUGGUGGAGAAGCUGUCUCAACUAUGGUAAAGGCAUUUCGUGAGCGGAGAGAUUUUUUGGUUAAAAGCUUUGGUGAAAUGGGGGGCGUCAAAAUUUCCGAGCCUCAGGGAGCUUUCUAUGUAUUCCUUGAUUUCAGUUCUUACUAUGAAAAGGAGAUUGAUGGCUUUGGAGUGAUUGAUGGUUCAGAGUCUCUUUGUCGAUAUUUGCUCGAUGAGGCUCAAGUUGCACUUGUUCCAGGGGAUGCAUUUGGGGACGAUACCUGUAUCCGUAUCUCCUACGCAGCAUCUCUUUCGACUCUGCAGGCAGCAGUAGAAAGAAUCAAGAAAGCACUGAUAUCACUAAGCCCUGCUGUUCCUGCUUAAGGCCAGAAUAUUUGGGAAUUUUGUUGUAUAAUUAUUGCAAGAUUCAGAAGUUGCAUUAUUAUGUUAACAGUACGACCGAUGAAUCCAACGGAAUUCAUUCUCGUUUCACAUUGAUGAUAUAUUUUGUACUGGAUGUUACAGUUGAUAAGAUUUUAGUUUCUUUUCUUCUUUAACAUCA